GAAGCUUAAUAGGCUAGCCCCAAAGAAGGCGGGGGAACCGGGCGGAGGGGACCGGUCUGAGCCGGUCUGCAGCGCAAGCGCAGUGCGGAUAAACAGGAAGCGGGCGGUGGAGGCAGCAGCAGAGGAAGAGCUCGGGGCUUCGAGGGGGAACAGCAGAAGAGCUAAGAUUAUCGGGAGGGCAGCAGAGGCAGAGAACGAGGACAGGACCCUUGGCCGUCUUCUUCCAGGGAACGAGAGGUCACAGCCUCGCUCUCCGCUUAGGCUUCUGGCGCCCCAGCUUAAAGCUGAGGCUGCGGCUGACAAAGGGCUCGCGCCGGUGCCGCCGCCCUUCUCAUCCGGGCAUUCGGGUCCCUGCGGAGAGGGAGGGGGAAGGGCAGAGGGGGAGGGGAAGGAGCCGGAGGGGCGCACACUUGGAGCUGAAGCCCUCUCCAGGGCUCCGGGCCGGUGGCCCAACGGACGGAGGUCGAGGAGGACCCGCAGAGGUGGCGGCGGCCGGGGGCAGGAGGAUGGUGCAGAAGGAGAGUCAAGCGACGUUGGAGGACCGGGAGAGCGAGCUCAGCUCCAACCCUGCCGCCUCUGCGGGGGCAUCGCUGGAGCCGCCGGCAGCUCCGGCACCCGGAGAAGACAACCCUGCCGGGGCUGGGGGAGCGGCGGUGGCCGGGGCUGCAGGAGGGGCUCGGCGGUUCCUGUGCGGUGUGGUGGAAGGAUUUUAUGGAAGACCUUGGGUUAUGGAACAGAGAAAAGAACUCUUUAGAAGGCUCCAGAAAUGGGAAUUAAAUACAUACUUGUAUGCCCCAAAAGAUGACUACAAACAUAGGAUGUUUUGGCGAGAGAUGUAUUCAGUGGAGGAAGCUGAGCAACUUAUGACUCUCAUCUCUGCUGCACGAGAAUAUGAGAUAGAGUUCAUCUAUGCGAUCUCACCUGGAUUGGAUAUCACUUUUUCUAACCCCAAGGAAGUAUCCACAUUGAAACGUAAAUUGGACCAGGUUUCUCAGUUUGGGUGCAGAUCAUUUGCUUUGCUUUUUGAUGAUAUAGACCAUAAUAUGUGUGCAGCAGACAAAGAGGUAUUCAGUUCUUUUGCUCAUGCCCAGGUCUCCAUCACAAAUGAAAUCUAUCAGUACCUAGGAGAGCCAGAAACUUUCCUCUUCUGUCCCACAGGUCCCAAAGUUGUUUCUAAAGAAAUUCCAGUAGAGUCCAUUGAAGAGGUUUCUAAGAUUAUUAAGAGAGCUCCAGUAAUCUGGGAUAACAUUCAUGCUAAUGAUUAUGAUCAGAAGAGACUGUUUCUGGGCCCGUACAAAGGAAGAUCCACAGAACUCAUCCCACGGUUAAAAGGAGUCCUCACUAAUCCAAAUUGUGAAUUUGAAGCCAACUACGUUGCUAUCCACACCCUUGCCACCUGGUACAAAUCAAACAUGAAUGGAGUGAGAAAAGAUGUAGUGAUGACUGACAGUGAAGAUAGUACUGUAUCCAUCCAGAUAAAAUUAGAAAAUGAAGGCAGUGAUGAAGAUAUUGAAACUGAUGUACUCUAUAGUCCACAGAUGGCUCUAAAGCUAGCAUUAACAGAAUGGUUGCAAGAGUUUGGUGUGCCUCAUCAAUACAGCAGUAGGCAAGUUGCACACAGUGGAGCUAAAGCAAGUGUAGUUGAUGGGACUCCUUUAGUUGCAGCACCCUCUUUAAAUGCCACAACCGUAGUAACAACAGUUUAUCAGGAGCCCAUUAUGAGCCAGGGAGCAGCCUUGAGUGGUGAGCCUACUACUCUGACCAAGGAAGAAGAAAAGAAACAGCCUGAUGAAGAACCCAUGGACAUGGUAGUGGAAAAACAAGAAGAAACGGACCACAAGAAUGACAAUCAAAUACUGAGUGAAAUUGUUGAAGCAAAAAUGGCAGAGGAAUUGAAACCAAUGGACACUGAUAAAGAGAGCAUAGCUGAAUCAAAAUCCCCAGAGAUGUCCAUGCAAGAAGAUUGUAUUAGUGACAUUGCCCCCAUGCAAACUGAUGAACAGACAAACAAGGAGCAGUUUGUGCCAGGUCCAAAUGAAAAACCUUUGUACACUGCGGAACCAGUGACCCUGGAGGAUUUGCAGUUACUUGCUGAUCUAUUCUACCUUCCUUAUGAGCAUGGACCCAAAGGAGCACAGAUGUUACGGGAAUUUCAAUGGCUUCGAGCAAAUAGUAGUGUUGUCAGUGUCAAUUGCAAAGGAAAAGACUCUGAAAAAAUUGAAGAAUGGCGGUCACGAGCAGCCAAGUUUGAAGAGAUGUGUGGACUAGUGAUGGGAAUGUUCACUCGGCUCUCCAAUUGUGCCAACAGGACAAUCCUUUAUGACAUGUACUCCUAUGUUUGGGAUAUCAAGAGUAUAAUGUCUAUGGUGAAGUCUUUUGUACAGUGGUUAGGGUGUCGUAGUCAUUCUUCAGCACAAUUCUUAAUUGGAGACCAAGAACCCUGGGCCUUUAGAGGUGGUCUAGCAGGAGAGUUCCAGCGUUUGCUGCCAAUUGAUGGGGCAAAUGAUCUCUUUUUUCAGCCACCUCCACUGACUCCUACCUCCAAAGUUUAUACUAUCAGACCUUAUUUUCCUAAAGAUGAGGCAUCCGUGUACAAGAUUUGCAGAGAAAUGUAUGACGAUGGAGUGGGUUUACCCUUUCAGAGUCAGCCUGAUCUUAUUGGAGACAAGUUAGUAGGAGGGCUGCUUUCCCUCAGCCUGGAUUACUGCUUUGUCUUAGAAGAUGAAGAUGGCAUAUGUGGUUAUGCCCUGGGCACUGUAGAUGUGACCCCCUUUAUUAAAAAAUGUAAAAUUUCCUGGAUCCCCUUCAUGCAGGAGAAGUAUACCAAGCCAAAUGGUGACAAGGAACUCUCUGAGGCUGAGAAAAUAAUGUUGAGUUUCCAUGAAGAACAGGAAGUACUGCCAGAAACUUUCCUUGCUAAUUUCCCUUCUCUGAUAAAGAUGGACAUUCACAAAAAAGUAACUGACCCAAGUGUGGCCAAAAGCAUGAUGGCUUGCCUCCUGUCUUCACUGAAGGCUAAUGGCUCCCGGGGAGCUUUCUGUGAAGUGAGACCAGAUGAUAAAAGAAUUCUGGAAUUCUACAGCAAGUUAGGAUGUUUUGAAAUUGCAAAAAUGGAAGGAUUUCCAAAGGAUGUGGUUAUACUUGGUCGGAGCCUGUGACGUGUGUUGACACUGUGAACUGUCCAAAAGUCUCUUAACUGCACCUUGUGAGUGGUAGUUGAGGUCUUCAUACAGUUCAGCCUCUAGAGUGGUAACAAAUCAGCCAAUUGGAUUCGAAACAAAGAAGACUAUGUAAAACUCACCCAUCACACUUUCAGACUACUCACUGGUUGGAAGAAUAUAGUAUUGCAGCAAAUCCUGUAUGAAAGAGAGAUGUGGGCUUCCUUUUUGAGUCUUGUGUUAGGUGCUGAGACCUUUUACACAGGCUUAUACAGGGAGAGAGUCUUCAAUAAAUGUAGUCAGCACUAUUUUCUGCAUCCAGUGUGGUUGCGUUUCUAACCUGAGAGUAAUCAAAAUAACAUCUGUCAUCUUCCUUGGUUUAUUGAGUGAAAUGUCUCAGUCUUUGGGGACAUGGCAGAGAUGAAAGAAAGAGUGGGUUUCAGAAGUGUCAGGGUGGAGUGAUUCCAAGUGGGAUGGUUGUGGCAUUAGUUUAAGCUGAAUAAAUAAUUUCAAUUUGGGGCAGUUAUUCUGCUUUUUGUAAAGCUGUGGCCAGUUGUCUCCUGUAAUGACUGUUGGUUCAGGCAUGUUGUACUUUGUAGGGACAAAUGUGCAUUUGUUUGUGGCAAAAGCCUACAAUUGGCAAACUUGUAAAUUUCUUUGUAUAUAAACUAGCUGUAACCUGACUAUCCUUUGUGUUUACUGUUUUUGUAAAUUUUUUUCCUCUAUAAAUGAAAGGGUGUUGGUUCAGAAUGGCACUUUGAAUAAUGUAAACCAGUGAAAAGUGGAUUUUCUUUACUUUUGUCUUUGGGUUUGGGGUUGUUUUUGUUCUUUUUGAAGUUUUAUUAUUUUUAAAGUGCCUCCCACCUAGGCGUAGGCCAUGACCAUUUGGGGUACGAGAGCCUAAUUUUGUAGGACUUAAUCUGUUGAAAAGCGCAGUUACUUCUGGAAAUUAACCUCAAUAUUAGGUCAGCAUGUGAAACGUUGGAUUUGACAUGUCAGGUAGGGUGCGGGAACUGAUUGGUCCCAUUUGCCCUCAGGUCAGUUGUUCUUUAAUCUCAAGACCCGUUACUACUGAUUUUAUUAAAUCAGAGUCUUUAAUUCUUGCAUGUUUGUAUCUAAUUUCUGAAAGAAUGAGCACACUUUAACCAGUUAUUUACAGUUACCUUUUUCCUUUAACCAGAUUGUGAAAGCUUCAUGUGUUUAUUAAUUUAGAUUCUGUGUUUUUAAGGGUUCUGAGCAUGAAGCUGGCAGAUAGUCUGCAGGACUCAUUUUUUCAUCAUGGCUGGCUGAUUUCUCCAUAGAUUCAUAACAGUAUUUUGUUAUCUUCUCUGUAGUUUUGCAUCAGCUGUUUAACUUCGAGCUGAGUGAGGGGAGAGGGGUAAAGAGAAAGAAACUUCAGUUUUCUUUCACAGAACUCCACCAGUGUGGGCUUUGAGAGAGCCCUAAAGCAUUGUACCUAGUGGUACCUAGUGACUUCCAACCAAAGCCUUUGAGUAUGCACUAAAUAGGUGGGAAGAAAGGAGAGAAGGUUUUUAGGUUAGAAACCUUUAACUGAUAGAAGGAUAUGGUAUGUUGUAAAGCCAGAACCAAGUUUGCAUUUUUGAGGGCUUGAGAUGAAGGGAAGACCCCUACCAGACAGUAAGACAGCUGAGUUUCCCCGUCUUUAACACUAGUGGACAAUUCUGGCAUUUUGUCUGGAGGAUUUCAGAGUUAACCUCAUGGAAUCAGGAUUUUUUAGCAAGUUUACUUUUGGUUUUAUCUUGGCUUUUAGUAAUCAUGUUGGCUGGUCUGGUCACAGGUUAACUGUGAAACAGAUGCCCUGGUCUUGCUUUCAUCACUCUAGAAUCAUGAAGUGAUAUGCUAUUUCCUGGUUAUGAAUAUUAAGGUUGGAAUGACAUUUUUAUUGAUUUAGAUCAGAGCUCAGUUCCUGUAGAAAACGAACUGUAAAAGACCAUGCAAGAGGCAAAAAUAAAACUUGAAGUGAAUGCUU